UAAAAAAGUUAUAUUUUGGGGCGCAAUCAUUAAUUCCGCUAACGAUUCUAUGUACCUGGACACGAUGCUUCCACAAGAGUUAGCGUGGUUUGGGGUCCUCACUAGUAGAUGGCUUUAGCACCCUGACCGACUCCAGUACUCCGCCGCCCUGUUCGACGACAUCACUACUACAAACUCUACCUGUGCCUGUCCCUUUAAUAAUCUCGUCCCCCUUUGCCCUGAGACUCGAAUCUACAGCGCCCCGACAUGCGGUAACAUCUUCCCAUAACACAGCAACCACGUCCUACUCGCAUGCAUGGCUCUCUUUCGCCGGAGGCAGCUCAUCACAAUCUGUCUCCUGCUCGUUUUCCUCCACCUAUGGCUUGGUCGCCCCUUUCUCCAGGCCUCGAAGCCGAAGUACGAUGAGGCGUACAUCCGACAGAAAUACCCUCUUGCGUGGGAACAUAUAUGGAAAAACAGCAACAGUGGGAAAGGAGGAGUAUGGUAUGUUCCCGACGAAUGGCGAAAAGACUCCGAUCCGCCAACCACAACCAUCCUCGAAGCAGCCCGGCUGGCUUCCAAGCGCGCUAUCGAACUGAAGCAGACGAUCCCUCACUCCACCAUUCCCUUGAUAGUACACCAGACAUGGAUGAAUACAAAGAUUGAUGAGUGGGCGCCAGACCUUGUACUGGGCGUGGAGCGCUGGCUCGAAUAUGCAAAGGCUGAGGACCGUGGGAGCAUGGCGUACUUCCUCUGGCUGGACGACGGUUGCGACCAGCUUUUUACGGAUGCUACGCCGGACCUCGUGGAUACCCUGAAGGCACUACCAUUACCAGUCGAGAGAUCAGACGUCUUCAGAGUCGUCGUCGCAAACAGCAUUGGCGGCAUCUACGGCGAUAUCGACACCCACCCCCUCCGCUCCCCCGCCACCUGGCUCGAAGACCGCGACAUGACCCCCUGGACCGACCCGCAGACCAACACCGAAUACAGCCCCGCCUCCGGGCACUCAAAAUCCACCCCCCAACUCGCCCGCCUCCUCCUCGGCAUCGAAGCCGACAACGACCCCAACACCGACACGCACUGGCGCAUGGGAUACUUCUUCCCCAUCCAGCUGACACAAUGGUCGCUGGCUUCUGCGCCGGACCACCCGGUGCUCAAUCGCUUCCUUGCGAAUUUCAAGACCCGCGUGGCGCAGCUGGUGCGGCCGUUUGAGGGGAACUUGACGGCGACUGCGGAGGCGGGGGUGUUGGCCAGGGAGGACCCGCUGAAACUUACUGGGCCGGAGGCGAUUACGACGGCAGCCAUGCAGCAGUUGAAGGAGGAUGCGGGGUUGAGGUGGGACGCGCUUACGGGGCUGAAGGAUGGAGGGAGGAGUAAGGCUGUUGGUGAUACGAUUAUUUUCCCGAUUACGGCGUUUAGCCCUGGCCGUUCGUCUUACGGCAAUAUGGGCUCGAAGCUUCUGACGGACCCAGAUGCGCGAUUGCAGCAUCGUGCGCAGGGAAGUUGGCGCAAGAAGGAUAUGACAGUUGAGAUGGGGAAGCUGUGUAGAACAGUGCUGGGGAUGUGUCGUGAUUGGUCUAAGGUGCCUCAUUAAUAGGAGCGCCAGGCAGCUGCAUUUGCAUUGUAUUGAUAGCGGUUAUGAGGCAUGAAAUAGACGCCACCUAGAGUCGGUGUACUUGUAUUAUAACUUGUAUUAUAAACAAGCAUAACGUGGUUUAUCAGUACGUCGGACAUAUCAGUACCUCGGACACUUUUCAUUGGCAUUCUACUUUGAAUAUCAAUAAAUCAACCAUAACAUAUUAAAUUAACUAUAACUAAGCGGAAUCAGAUGAACUAGACAUAUCUAUAGCUUCUUGACAAGUUCGCGCAUUAUGACCAGCUUUUCCACAGAUCCCACAGCAUCGCCUAGACGGUUGCCCCUCCUUGCGACUACCCCCAACUGCACGUACGUCGCGUCGUACCUGCUCAUCCACAUCCUUCUGUGCGAUAAUAGCCUGUGCAUCCUCUACUAUAAGUGCACCUCCUUCACGGACACGAGCCUUUUUAGCCCUGCGGCGUUUGCUAAGGGCUUCGUUGGCUGCUCGAAGGGUACGUACCUCAGCAGACAGAAGGGUGUUCUCAUGUGCUAGUCGCUCCAUACCCUUUGCCAAUGCAAUAACUGUCCCGAAGAGUGGAGUUGGCGAGCUUCCUUGGUGACGGGCAAUUCGAUUUCGAACGAGGGUUGUUUGUGAAAGAGCUUCAGUUGGGUUGGAAGGGGUCUGGGAGACCCAAGGGUUGGUGUUGGCAGUAGAGGGUCUAGAGGGAGUUGGAGUCCGUAACCUCACGUCAAGCUUUGAAAGCACUGCUUGCGGGUCGAAAGGCACUAAGCCAGCUCCGCGGAACCCGGACUGCUCUAGGUAUUUAAACAAGUGGCCAGUCCGAGUCUGAGCGACCAGGUGGUCCAUCGUGUGGUGGCCCUCAUGAUCAUGAUGGCCAGUGGUACCUUGGGACAAGCAGAAAAGAGAGAAAUGGAAAGCAGAAAGUAGACCACAGGGACCAGAAACCAGGAACCAUUUGAAGG